CAGUCGCCAUUACUGCCUGGGAUGAGAGGGGAGGGAGCAGGGCUCGGAUUACACGCAUACCACUUAUAACACAAAAUAUAUGAAAACAAUACAUUCUGGAAUAGAAAAAGGGUAUGCUGCGUGUUGUAUACGACUUGCGGGGCUCGAGGAACUGAUCAAUCGAAUUAUGUGGAUUGAAAAAAACACUUGGAAUGCUAUAUUUUUUCGUGCUUUCGGGAGCUGGGAGCGACCAUGUUAGCUAGGGGAAUGUAUUUGGAAUGGGCUGCAUCGACUUUCUUCAUUACUAAACCAGACUCUGCAUAGAAUUCUCCGGGACUAUCAAAUUGAGGAAGGUGAGAAACUAGAGGGAGAGAAGCAUAAGGACCUAGAACAGUGGAGUCUACAACUACAAAAGGAAAAGCCAUGAACAUGUCCCCUCACCACUACUAAGUCAUGAAACUGGAUGGAUAGCUGGAUACCCUUUCCUCUGUGUGACCAGGCGAUGAGCGGGGGUCUAUAAUGGCCAAGAACAAGGAGGCGCGCCCCCCAACAUUUGCUGUCAGCGUGGUGGGCCUCUCAGGGACUGAGAAGGAAAAGGGCAACUGUGGCGUGGGCAAGUCCUGCCUUUGCAACAGAUAUGUGCGCCCCAAUGCAGACAGCUACUAUAGCGAGCACACUUCUGUGUUGAGCACAAUUGACUUUGGGGGUCGAGUGGUAAACAAUGAUCACUUCCUGUACUGGGGGGAGGUGCACCACCGAAGUGAUGACGGUCUUGAGUGUAAGAUUCAGAUCGUUGAACAGACUGAAUUUAUUGACGAUCAGACUUUCUUACCACAUCGCAGCACAAACCUGCAACCCUACACAAAGCGGGCUGCAACCUCUAAGCUGCAGUCAGCGGAGAAGCUAAUGUACAUUUGCACGGACCAGCUCGGCCUGGAACAGGAUUUUGAUCAGAAGCAGAUGCCCGAUGGAAAGCUGAACGUUGAUGGAUUUGUGCUGUGCGUGGACGUGAGCAAAGGCUGCAAUAGGAAAUUUGACGACCAGAUGAAAUUUGUCAACAGCCUCUACACUCAAAUGGCCAAGUCGAAAAAGCCGGUCGUCUUUGCGGCGACAAAGUGUGACGAGUGCGUGGAGCAGUACCUGAGGGACUUGCAGGCGUUCGCCGCCAGCAAAAAGAGCCUGUUGGUCAUCGAAACCGCCGCUAAAUCAAGCAUCAACGUGGAGCUGUGUUUCAACGCCUUGAUCCAGCAGAUGGACAAGACGAGAGGGAAGCCCAAAACCAUCCCUUACCUAGAGGCCUACAAAGUACAUCGUCAGCUGGUCGCCUCGAUGUCAGACAGGUUCGAGAAGCUCAUUGUGCAGACAGUUAGAGAUUACCACACGAGUUGGAAGAUGGUGAUGAACACCUUGAAGAGCCACCCAGACUAUGAGGAAUACAUCACCCUGGAGGGAACCAGGAAGGCCAGAAACACCUUCAACAAGCACAUCCAACAGCUGAAGCAGGAGCACAUCAAGAAAAGAAAAGAAGACUACCUAACCAGCCUGCCCAAAAUCCUCAACAAUCUUCUCAACAAUCUAGAAGAGAUCGACAACCUGACCUGGAUGGAAGCCCAGAACUUGAUAAGGAGUCGGGCCGAGUUCCAGUUCUGGUUCGUGGUUCUAGACCAAACACCCUGGUAUGAGACGGAACACAUCGACAAAACCGAUAGGAGAGUGCCCUUUGACAUUCUGGACACAGCGGACGGAGAGAGAAUCUAUAACAACCACGUAGCGCACCUGUUCUCAGAGAAGAGGAGAGUGGAGAUGAAGGACCGCUUUAAGAAGACCCUGGACAGGGUCCACUUCAUCAGCCCUGGCCAGCCAUGGGAGGAGGUCAUGUGUUUUGUGAUGGAAGACGAGGCCUACAAGUAUAUCACAGAGGCCGAUCGGCGGGAUGUUUACGGACGCCACCAGCAGGAAAUAGUUGAAAGGGCCAGAGAGGAAUUUCAGGAAAUGCUUUUUGAGCAUGCAGAGCUGUUCUAUGACCUGGAUUUAAAUGCCACCCCAAGCUGUGACAAGAUGAGUGAGAUCCAUGCAGUGCUCAAUGAGGAGCCCCGGUACAGAGCUCUACAGAAGCUAGCCCCAGACAGGGAGUCCCUACUACUCAAGCACAUUGGGUUUGUUUACCACCCGACAAAGGAGACAUGUCUCAGUGGCCAAAGCUGCGUGGACUUGAAAGUAGAACAGGUCCUUGCUAACAGGCUGGUGCAGCUCGACCAUGGUCGUUCUAAUCUCUACUAUAACAGUGCCAACAUUGAUAAAGUCAAUUUGUGUCUCCUGGGAAGGGAGGGACUCGCACAAGAGCUGGCCAAUGAAAUCAGAGCUCAGUCCACAGACGACGAGUACACCCUGGAUGGUAAGAUAUACGAGUUGGAGCUUCUGCCGGUCGACGUCAACUCAACACUGCUUUUCAGCCACACGUGGGUAUCCACCUUCAAACCCCACGGUAUCCUCUGCGUUUUCAGCUCCAUAGAAUCACUCAACUGCAUAGGUGACUGCAUAGGCCGGAUUAGGGCGGAGAUUGCACAGAACAGGAGGGAGAGGUUCAGCCAGCCGUUGCCAUUCAUUCUGAUACUAGCCAAUCAGAGAGACAAUGUUUGUAAAAACACUCCAAUCCUGAGGCACCAGGGCCAGCAGCUGGCCAAUAAGCUGCAGUGCACCUUUGUAGAUAUACCUUCAGGGGCCUUCCCCAGGAAGUUCAACGAGUUUCAAAUCAAACAGGCUCUGCGAGGGGUGUUGGAGGGCCUGAAGCACAACUUUGACGUGAUGAGCCCCCUGCCCUCCAUCAAGGACAUGUCGGAGACCGACCUGAGGAUUGUCAUGUGUGCCAUGUGCAUGGACCCGUUCAGUGUGGACCUCAUCCUCUCUCCGUUCCUGGACUCCCACUCUUGCAGUGCAGGCCAGCCCGGCCAGAGCAACACCCUAAUCCUGGACAAGAUCAUCGGGGACAGUCGUCGGAGGAUACAAGUGACCGUGAUCUCCUACCACUCCUCCAUAGGCAUCAGAAAAGACGAGCUAGUCCAUGGCUACAUCCUGGUCUACUCAGCCAAGCGUAAGGCUUCGAUGGCGAUGCUGAGGGCUUUCUUGGCCGAGGUACAGGAUGUCAUCCCGGUCCAGAUGGUGGCCAUCACAGACAGCCAGGCGGACUUCUUCGAGAACGAUUCCAUCAAGGAGCUGAUGACUGAAGGUGAGCACAUUGCCACAGAGAUCGCAGCCAAGUUCACGGCGCUCUACUCGCUGUCACAGUACCACCGGCAGACGGAGGUCUUCACGCCGUUCUUCAACGAGGUCCUCGAGAAGAAGUGCGGAAUCGAAAGCUCGUUCAUGCUGGACAGCUCCAGAGACUGCACAGGAGCAAGUGAGGACUUUGUCUUCCCCCAGUCUCCUCACAACCACUCUCCAGCAUACAGCUACUACCCCGACUCAGAGGACGACACAGAGGCCCCACCGCCUUACAGCCCCAUUGGGGAUGAUGUCCAGCUCCUGCCCACCCCUAGCGAGAGGGCCCGGUACCGGAUAGACCUGGAAGGAAACGAGUACCCAGUCCACAGCACCCCCAUAGGAGACCAGGAGCGCAACCACAAAGUGCCUCCCCCUGUCAGGCCCAAGCCGGUCCUUCCCAAGCCCAACGUGAAGAAGCUGGACCCCAAUUUGCUGAAGACCAUCGAGGCGGGGAUGAAGAGCAACCGGCGGACGCGCGGCCCCACGGCCCACGGAGAGGACGUGGAGGCCUCUGACAACUACGCCGACCCAGUGGACACGCUCCUCAAACCCAAGGGCUUCGCUAACGACGACAUCUACGCGGUCCCGGAGGACACCCAGAGCCGCAUAGUCAAGAUGAGAAACUCCUUCGGAGGCCUCCACGUGCUGCACGGCGACGAGGAGAACGGCUUCGACAGGAAGUCCCAGGCCGCCAGGCGGCCCUCCAAAUACAAGCACCGUUCCAAGAUCCUGUUUAGCAAGACCAAGGCGUACCAACGCAGGGUUCACUCUGACCUUAGCGAUGAGGAGUCAGGCCCAGCCACACAGAAGAAGAAAAAGGGAAGAGCCCACCGAGGCAGUGAAGAAGACCCCCUGCUGUCCCCCGCUGACCCCUGGAAGGGAGGGAUCGACAAUCCCGCCAUCACCUCCGACCCAGAACAGGAUGACAAGAGGAUGAAGAAAAAGAAGACACCAAAGACUAAAGAACCUAAAAAGCCAAAAUCCUCCAAACCUCCUAAACCCUUGUACCCCCCGACAAGGAGGAACUGGGAGAGUAACUACUUUGGGGUUCCUCUUCAGAGCCUGGUCACACACGAGCGACCCAUCCCUCUCUUCAUAGAGAAGUGUGUCGACUACAUCGAACGUACCGGUUUGACCACGGAGGGCCUGUAUCGGGUCAGCGGCAACAAGACUGACCAGGACAACAUCCAGAAACAGUUUGAUUCAGACCACAGUGUGGACUUGAUAGUGAUGGACGUAGCAGUGAACGCCGUCGCUGGAGCGCUCAAGGCCUUCUUCGCUGACCUCCCCGACCCUCUCAUCCCCUACAACCUGCACCCCGAGCUGGUGGAGGCAGCCAAAAUCGUGGACCACAUCGAGAGGCUACAAGUUCUCAAAGAGAUCGUCAACAAGUUCCCCCCUGUCAACUACCUGGUCUUCAAAUACAUCAUCACCCACCUGAACAGGGUAAGUCAGCAGAGUAAGACCACCCUGAUGACAGCAGACAACUUGUCCAUCUGUUUCUGGCCCACGCUGAUGCGUCCAGACUUUGAGAACAAGGACACGCUGUCCACCACCAAGCUGAACCAGGCUGUCAUCGAGUCCUUCAUCCACCAGAGCCACUACUUCUUCUACGGGGGCGACAUUGCUGAGAGCUCCAGCAACGAGGGGACCCCCCCGCCACACUGCCGCAGCAUGGUGGAGGCCCUGCUGCCCCUGCAGCUCCCCCCACCUCUCCAGCCCCAGCAGAUCCAGCACACCCUGCAGCCUGAUCCUCUCAUAUAGACUCUCCAGCCCCUAACCCUGGGCUCCAGAACCCAGCAGCAAGCUCCAGCCUCUUAGACCCAGGCCUACGACCAGCCUCUCCAGCCCCUGUACACCCAGUGCAUCCUGCAGCCAGAACCCAACAUGUAGACCCCCUGACUAGCACUACCCGCUGGACCAACAUCUUAGAACCCUCCACCCCCAGAAUAUCCAUCCCUCCCUGCAGCUGGACUACAUCAGAAACAACCCACCUCCACCUCACUCUCCUACCAUGCUCCAGUCCCCCUGCCGUCAAGCUUCCUUUCGACCUCUUGAUUUCCAGCCUCUGUGGCCUGUCUUCCCCAGUGCUAAGGUCCUCCAGAGCUGGUUCUAGGGUCUGGGCCUGGGGAAGGAGGUCCCGGGGGUGGUGGAGGAUGAGAGGAAUCCCACUACAAUGAGAUGCAACGUUUCUCCUAUGAUCUGCUCCUUUCAUUGGAUGACUGACCUGACCUGGGACAGGGAUUGACCCCUGAACCCAGGAAGGAUAAAUAAACUGUGACUUUCAAGCCCUGACCUGUUUCAAACCACAGAGCGGGAGGGGACUGGUCAGUACCUUACGGUCGCCGCCCCGAGCCUGGGGGGUCCGAACGGGCCAGGAUUAUUUGCUAACACGACACCUUGCAAAGAUAUAAGGAAAGAUAUAUUUAUACUAGCUGUUUCUUUUUGUUUGUUUGCUUUUAAGACGUUAAGAUGACAAUGCACGACCUGUUUUAAAGGCUACGCCCUCUGCUCUUGUCUGCCUGGUUGUGGUUUUUUAUGAUUUGCCGAUGAAUGAAUGAAAGGAUGGAUGAAUGGAUGGAUUCCUUUCUUUUUUACGUGUCUGAAUUUAACUGAGGGCGGGGGUGUGAAGGGACUGAUGACUCUGUGGUCUUAUCCUCCCCCUAAGCCCCCAUCAACGCCCUCAUCUGCUUGCACCGCUGGGGAGGAAAGGAGAGGAACUUCAGUGAAAGACUGGGUCAGCCCAGACUGUGACUGGUCUGCCCUGCCCAGACUCCCAACUACACUAGACUAGACCCAAGUUAAGACCAGACCAGGACUAGACCCAAGUUAAGACCAUACCAGGACUAAACCCAAGUUAAGACCAGACCAGACCAGACCAGACUAGGACCAGACCACAGACAGAGUGGGUCUAGCCCCUUGUUUCCUUCCUCUCUCCUGUUGGAGCCACGUAACUCCGAGGGAGGAUCCCACUCCGGAACCGAAAUGGCACAUCUCUGCGGAAAUGCACGCGCUGCAAAGCCUCCUGGGAGUCUGAGUUCUGUUCGUUUUGAUCUUCUGUUCCUUGUUUGAAAGAUGUUUGGGACAAACAAGAGAUGUUUUCUUGUAGUUCUUCUGUUGGUUUGUUGAACUAAAUGUGCAUGUCUUUUUGCCACUUAAAAAAAUGACAAUUAUGUACUGUUUAAAGAGAGAGAAAAAAAAGACUUUGAACUUAUGAUUAACCACUUUCAUUCAGAUCAUAUUUUUAUCUAACUUUGGUUAAGGGAACAUUGAAA